UGACUUGAGUAGUUGAAGUUGAGUAGCCUGUGCUUCGUUCUUGUAAUCGUUUCGUGUCGGAGUGUGUCGAGUGUCAGAAAAUCUGUGUGCUAAGAUCAGUAAAAUCGUUUAGUUUUUUGUUUUCUAAUUUGUAAACCUUCAUUACAAUUCGAAUACUCAUUUGAAAGACUCUGGGAUUCAAAAAAGGACAAGCGGCCCAUUCACUAUUUGGCUAACCUUCAGAACAAUUUCAGCAUAGCAGUUAGGCCUACUGCGUUAUGACCGAUAUAAAAAAGCACUUGAUAAAUUAUUUUGUUAAGUUAUCGCAAGAUUAAUUUUAAUUUACUUUUCAUUAUAAAAGAAUAGGUCUGGUUAGUUGUUGAACCCAUUGCAGCCGUGAAUUCAACAAGAUGCAACUUAUGCUUCAAGAUCAGACGUAGAAUAAGAUUGUUAUACUUUGGUUAAUCUAAAUCUGUGAAAAUGUUCACCACUCGAAAAAAAUAAUUGCCUUCAAAAUGCUAUCAGUGCUGGAAGAAGAGUCUGACAUCUACGAGGUGUUCCCUCCUCAUGUUGACACAAGUAGUAUCCCUAACCUCCCUGAUAGUCCUGUGGGUAAGAAGCCACCUCUGAAAACAUUUAAUGAAAUACAAAGCCUUCUACAGUCAGGGAAGAAAAGGGAAGUGAAACAAAUUUUAAGAGAUAAUUGCUGGCCUACCAAUAGUACAAUAAGGUCCCAGCUUUGGAUAAGUUUGUGUCAGCAACAUGGACAUGAUAAAUCAAUGCAAGAAGGUUUCUACUGGGAUUUGGUCAACCAGCUUUUCGGUACUACAGAGUUGCCCGAAAAGCCGAUUCUGCUGCCGCCGUUCGUGGACUCGGCGCAUCGCCUGAGCUACCACCUGACUCGCAAGGGCCGCAGCGUGACCGACCGUGUCGUCUGCGUGCUGGGGUUCGCAUGUCCUGAUAUCACCUACAGUCCAGCCAUCUAUCCCAUAGCAGCGCUUCUAUUGCAUUUCAUGUCUGAGGAGGAAUGCUACAACAGUCUCGCCAGCCUGGUGGCAUCAAAACAGAAAGUCUUCAUCACACAAACCAAACUGCUUUACGAAGUCACAUGGAGAACAGUCAUGCAUAUCGCCAAGAAACAUGUUAAAAACGCAGCAGUCCACCUCCAGAGGCACUGCCCUGCCUCUCGCACGGAGAGGAUCUACAUGGACUGGAUGUGGUGGAUCCUGCAAGGUCUGCCCUUCAACCAUUUGGUACGAGUGAUGGACUGUUACUUACAUGAAGGCAUCAAGGUGCUGUACAGAGUUGCCAUGGCGAUCAUGCAGCUGUUCUACAAACACUCAGCUUCGCCCAACUCUGACUGGAUGAAGGAGAUUUCCGAUCACGGCAUUGACGCGGCCCUCAACAAGUUCUGUCGCCAGAUACCGGUGAGCCCCAGGAAAGUAUUGAGGGCUGCGUUCGGCAUCCGAGCCUUGUCCACGGCCUACAUCCAGCGAGUGUUUGUCAAAACAGAGAUGACGUUGAAGAGCAAAGCAGUCAUGAUGGGCUCUAGACAACUGACGAGAUCCAGGUCCACAGAGAACCUCCCUACGAGUCAGUCGCAGGUCAACAUCCAGAUGAUGAGUCAUACACUCACCAUACGAGAGGGAGAACACUCCCCUGGACCUAGAGUACAGUCCAUGGGAAGUUAUCCAAUCUAUAACGUCAAAUCUCAUAUUGUUGACCAAGAUGACCUGUUUACUCUAUGGUCCUGGCUGCCUGUACGCAUCACCAUGUACCAGCCUGUGUUAUUGUACACCACGGAGGAACACGGGUGUUCACUCACGACGUUCUUUGUACGGGUUGAACACCACGAACCCACACUGCUCAUGAUCAAAACUGUCAACAACGAGGUCUUUGGCGCGUACUGUUCGUCAAGGUGGCAAGAGCGCAACCUGAAGGACGAUCGAGGCAACAGGACAGCGUACUUUGGCACGGGAGAGACGUUCCUGUUCAGCUUGUACCCGGAGCGGGCCAAGUACCCGUGGGUGGGCAUGGACGGAGACUCUGUGAACCACUCGGCGGAACUCUUCAUGGCGGCAGACUCAAAGAUGAUAACAAUCGGUGGAGGAGAGGGCCAAGCUAUCUGGAUGGAUGAGAGUGUCCGCUACGGCAAGACAGACAGUUGCCUCACGUUCAACAAUCCUCCACUCUGUUCCGGUGGAGAUUUUGAGAUUCGAGUCCUCGAAGUCUACGGGUUCGCCGGGGUCUGACUUCCCAUUCCACGCUACUGGCAGUAUUCUUUUCGGAAUGUUUCCUUUUAUUUAUUCUAUUCGAUUAAUUUAUACCGAUAUAUACAUAUGUGUACAAUUAAUAUUUUACAAUAAAUGUAGCGGCGUAUAUUUUGAAAUUUAUUUUGGUGCUAUCACAAUGUUACUGUUUAAAUUGAUGUUUAGAUUCCUACAUAGUGAGGUUUGUUUGCUGUGUAAAAUUUGUUUAUUACUGUUACGAUUUGUUAUGUAUAAAACACUUACGUUAUGUAUACAAAUUGUUUAAAUCUGAUUGUUGUAAGUGGCGCACAUUAGAAGGUUCUUAGAUGUGUUUAAGUAUUAUUUCUCAAGGUAAACUUUGACCAGGUAUUACUAUCAACAGUAAAUUGUUCAGGUAAUGGCUUCCUGGCUUACCUAUGAUUAUGUGUCCGUGUCCAUCACAAGACAUAAUCAUCUUUGUCAACAGAUCAUUAGAUGUUGAGUGUGUUUAUUUGUGUAAGAGGAUAAAAGGUUAUACUUUAUGAAUUUAUGUAACAAACAUAUACCAUAUUUUAUUUCUGUGGUUAUUUGCAAAAUCUUAACAAGCAUAAAAUUAGAUUUUGAACCAAAUCUUUUGUGCCUUAGAAUAAAAGUGGAAAUAUGUAGCUAAACUGUUCACGAUGGAGUUAGUUUAGAUAGGCUACAACUUAUUUAUAGAGCAAUACAGAAUAGUUUUUGAAAUAACUCAAAGAAGGCUAACAAGGGUAUCACUGCCAAUCAAUAUCAUAUGUAAAACGAAAGUGUUAAAAUUGAAAGACUGUAUUGAAUUUUUCCAGGUGGUAUUUCAUUGUAUAUUUUUUUACUGUAGUCUAGAACAAUUUCUUACAUCACAAUUGAUCGUUCAAAAAAUGUGUACAAUGUAUUUGUAAUACAUAUUUCAUGAAUUAUGAAUUUAUAAGUGUGCUCAUAAAAUAAAUUUUUUGUUCAAUGGUUUCAAUGCUGGGUAUGUGUUGUCAGUAGAUAUUUGUGUAAUCAUGUCAGAUUGAACUGUAUUGUAGCUAAUGUGACAUUGGUCUUUGUAAAACUUACUGCUUCAUAAACAUUUGCUUUUCAUGUUCAGGCUAAAUAUAAACACUAGAUGCUUCAGCUGUUGUAUUGUCCAAAUUUACACACCGAAUAUCAACUCAAUUCCAUUUUUGCUGUUUUGCUCUGUAAAUAACACUAGCUGUUAAUCAACCAUUCUUAAAUAAAGUCCGGAUUAAAUAAGUUUCCAAUCGCUAAUAAAGUGCAUAAUUUAUAAAGUAUACUGAUAUUUGGUAUAUAUGUAGUCUGCAAUGGUAUAUGUGGCAAAGUUGUAGCUUGACACCAAAGUGUAAUUUUUAUUUAAUUUGUUUGACUGGUGUAAUAAACAAGCCCAUUUGACAAAAUUCUUUGAUUCGUUAUCAGUAGAUUUAGAUUUACUUUAGGUUAAGUUAAUCAUUGUUGCUGUGACUCAUUGUAAAUAUUCCUUUAAUAAUUAAGUUUAGUUGUUGUGGAGCUUUGGUUAAGCUAAUUGACUCAUGAUUCUAAACGACACUGAACUAUGUCCAAUGGAAAACAUUUUUGGAAAUUCAGGAAAGUUCAUAAAUCAGAUUGAUGUUACACUGCUUGAGGGGUGUUUUAGGAUUGAGCAUAUUCUAUCAUGUACUCGAAAGCAUACCUUGCAAAAUUCAGAAAGUAUGUAGUUGAGUUCAAAUCCACAUUUAGUUUUUUUUUUUAUUUGUGCCAAAGACCGAUUUUCCUUUGUGUUUGCUUUAACAUCUUAUUAAAACACCCCUUUACGAAUCUUUUUGAAAUUAGGACAUUGAAUAAGUCAUAAACUAGUCAUUCAUGUUCACAAAUAUUGAAUCAUGUUUUAAACCCGUUUUGGUUCAAAUAACUGUAAAAUUACAUGUUACAAUCCGAUUAGUGUUAGAGGAAAUGUGUGAACAAUUUUGUUCCUUUAAUGUUAAGAUCCCCUUGUAUUCUACACCAAAGCAAUGCCCGUCAUCGUAUCUACAUAAUACUCAUGUCACAUUCGAGCGGAAAAGCUUCUUGUUGUAUUGGUGUUACAUGUCGACUGAAUAUAGCUUUAGAUGUACAGUAGAAUAGUUCAGUUUUUAAUAAGUUGUUAUCAUAUUUUGUUUUGAUUGUUGCGCCUGUCCAGAUCUGUAUGGCUUGAACCUUCGACUAUCAAUGGCCUUUUCUAGGUGUGACUCCACCGCCUGAAAAUGUAAUUCAUAAAAAACAUUGAGAGUUAGGAAAUUUUCUUAACAAAAUUCCACCCGCGAUGUUUAACUAGGUUAACCUACAAAAAAUGUAAUAUUGUCUCAUUUGUAGUAACACUAAUUAAAUUUUUACUUUACACACACGUUUUUAGCUAAAUAUUGUAAAUUUGUAAUCAGAAUACAAACAAAUCUAUACAAAAUACCUUCGAUUAUUUCCAAGACUAAAACAUGGGUUUUCUAUAAAUACUAAUGAAGUAUAACUGUUCUACUAAAUUUCACUACCUAAUCAAAAACAUUGUUAAAUUGAUUUAUUUUUACAAUCUAACUAGAGCUAGGACUGUAAAGCUUAAAAAGUAUAGUUUUUAGGUUGGUGAACACAUACCUAGAGGUUUCUAACUUCUGACAAUAAAAUAAAUAAAUCAUAAUCCGAUCAAUAGUAUAGCAAACUAACAUAAUAAAUAGGUACAAUAGCUCGUAUAGGUGUGAAUCCUUCCCUUCUCAAUGAUUCCAAACAAGAUGAUAGUCUGUAGAUAGAGAUUCAUGUUUGACAUGAUGUUUAUUGUUGUUUUUACAUUUUUAGUAAGAACGUGUAGUUGAAUUUUUGUUGUAUUUACGUUGUUUACCUUUUUAAGUUUUUAACGAGCAUUGUAAAUUAUAUUUGGUGAUUAUUUAAUGUUAUAGAAAUAUAUAUAUUUGUUGUGUAUAUGCAUAAAAUUGUACAAAUGUAAUUGAUAGUGUUGUCUAUAAAUAGAUGUAAAA